ACAAAAUGUAAGAACAACCUGAACAUCUUCUUGAAGCAAUCGUCACCUGGACUCUACGACCAUUUCAUUACUCUCCAUCGAUCCUCCUCCCUCGACUGUCGCAUUGUCACCAUAGGCAACACAACACCUCAGCUCUGGCACAACAGGGAGAGCCUCAAAGCUUCCACUCUAUCUGCCCGUGAAUCUCCAAGGCCUCGCGGGACUCAACAUGCCUGCAACCACCGCAGAAACGUUGUCCUUGGUCAACAGGCAGGUCUCUGUCGCUCCCCUCGUUCUUCUCUCAGCCGCAGAUCAUUAUGGACGAACAGCCAAAGGAACAAGAAAACGAGUGGUUGGCGUCCUGCUCGGCCAGAAUGAUGGCAAGAAUGUGAGAGUAUCAAACUCCUUUGCAGUACCUUUCGAAGAAGACGAGAAAGAUCCUUCCGUAUGGUUCCUCGAUCACAAUUAUGUCGAAUCCAUGCGGGAAAUGUUCAAGAAGGUCAAUGCUCGAGAAAAGCUGAUAGGGUGGUAUCAUUCCGGACCCAAGCUAAGAGCUUCUGAUUUGGAAAUCAAUGAACUAUUCAAAAAAUACACUCCCAACCCUCUCCUUGUCAUCGUCGAUGUCCAGCCGAAAGAAGAUGGCGUCCCAACCGAUGCAUAUUUUGCCAUUGAGGAAAUCAAAGACGAUGGGACUACCACAACAAAGACUUUUGUCCACACCCCUUCGAUCAUUGAAGCAGAGGAAGCUGAAGAGAUUGGUGUUGAGCAUCUUCUCAGAGAUAUCCGUGAUGUCGCAGUCGGCACCCUAUCGAGCCGAAUUACUCAACAACUCCAGUCCCUGCAGGGCCUACACUUACGCCUUCGAGACAUUGGUACCUAUUUACAAAAAGUCCUCGACGGCGAUCUUCCCAUCAAUCACGCCAUCCUAGGCAAUCUUCAAGACAUUUUCAAUCUCCUUCCCAACUUGACUACUCCCCCUGCCUCACGUCCCAAUGGCAAGAACCAGAUCGGCAACAGUGAGCUCGGCCGAGCCAUGAGUGUCAAAACCAACGACCAGCUUAUGACCAUCUACCUGAGUUCCCUUGUCCGGGCCAUCACCGCCUUCCACGACCUGAUCGACAACAAGAACCAGAACCGACAACAGCAGGAAGAAAAAGAUGGUAAAAAGGAUGAGGCUGACAAAAAGGACGGGGAUAAGGAGAAAGACAAAGACGAGAAGCAGUCGGCGUCCAACGGAACUGCUAAUGGGGAGAAAAAAGAGGGAGAGGCUAAGAACAAGAAGAGAGGCUAACCUAAGACUGCCUGGGCCCAGAGGCGAUAGACAUGGCAAGGCAUGGCUCCGUGAUGCAUUUAGCAUGGCGUUAGAGUUGGACAUGAAGUGGCUUCGACAGAGCUGCCGUCCAUGGAAUCAGGAAUGGCACUGCACAAGGUCAUUGUACAACAUCAAGUCUACACAGACUGCGGGUUCCUGCAUAGCCCGCUCGAUCUGGUCUAUCAGAACUGCUUCACGACGUGCACCGCCUUUGAUUCGAGUUGAGUGCAAGGACCAAGUCUGCCUCAUCAACAGUGACCACCCAGUUCCCCCCAUCCCCCUCCCCAUCCUGCCAAUUCUUUCUUUGUAGCAUGUCUUUCCGCCACACUGGCUCCAAACAAAGCUGGCGCCGCCCUUGC